AUGCCCGACCUGUCCGACGAAGACGCUGACUCGCGAACAGCCGCGGUCGGCGUGCAGCGUUCCCGCUCGAACCCCCAGUCUGCGGUCUCAUCGCGCCACGGAUCGGACGACAGCCUCCGUCCCUCCAAGAAGCGGCGCAGAAACGGCCGUGAGGGAGACCGCGAGGUAGCCGACUUUGUUCCUCGGGGUGCGGCCUUCAGUGCCAAUUCCCUGGCAGUCGAUCCCGACAGCACGUCCAGCUCCGGAUCUAGCUCGGACUCGAGCGAUGACGACGACGGAGACUCGGAUGCCCCAGCACCUGCAAACCCCCAUGCUGGAAAUACGGCUCCGGCUAUUAGCUGGAACCAGGGGAGGAAAAGCGCGGUGCGGACAACCUUGGGCAAGCGGACGGCUCAGCCGGGCAAUGACAAGAGUGCAUCGGCGGAUCAAUUCAAUACAGUGAAUGGCGCAUACUGGGGCACUCGCAGUGCGUCUGUUUCGUCAGCCGAGAAAGACACAGAGAUGAAAGACCAACCCCAGAAAAAUGGCGAGCUAGAAGACGGCGAGAUCGAUCCUGAUAGCGAUUCCGCGGACUCGGUGUCCUCGGACCCGGAAGCUGAUGAUUCCAUCAUGCUGAACACCGAGCCACUAGACUCCGCAGACGGGGCCACAGAUUCCCUUCAACCUCUAGUUCUCGGUCGAGGCCAUCCCAAUGGAAAGCCCUCUGCGCCGGCGCUGGGUAUCGAAUCCACGCACGCAGCACCUCGGUCAAAGGAAGAAGCGUUCCAGCUCCUUUCGCGCAAGUAUCCUACUGUGCCGACUACUCUGAUGGACUUGGACAAGGCGGACCUGGAGCUCCACGCCAAGUAUCUGUUUUUCGAUCGGGACAUUCACGAUAUCGAUCUGAACUUGCCAAUCACCUGUAUCGAGUGUCUGCGAGAGGGCCAUCUGGCCGAGGUGUGUCCCACCAAAGAGGUAGGAAUUUCCUGUCCCCAUAUGCGCAAGAGCAAUAUACUGACAAGUGAUAAGUGUGUCCAUUGUGGUGUCUGGAACCAGCACCAAAGCACAUCAUGUCCCACAUGGCGCAGAUGCCAACGAUGUCGCGAACGCGGCCACGACGAAAAUCAGUGCUCGUCCGCCCUGAAAAGCUCCGCCGCAGAGGUUCCCUGUGAUCUGUGCGGCUCGUCUGCCCAUCUGGAACAGCAGUGCGAUUACCUAUGGAAGUAUCCCUCCCUUGACCUCUCCUCCAACGCCGUCUCGGUCUCCCUCUCCUGCGCCCACUGCGCCAGCUCGAAACACCUCAUUGGCGACUGCCCAUCUCUCUCCCGACCAAUUACGACAUCCUCAUUUACUCUCGCGGGCAUCGACCCCAACUCAAUCACCAAUCUCAAUUCCCACCCUGUCCCGCGCAGUGGUCCUGUCGGCAGGGUCCCGCGCGGCAUGGGACCCCGUGGACGCGGCGGCGGUGGCCGUCCACGAUCUCCGUCUCCAGACAGCGACGACGACAUGUUCCGCUCAGAUCGACGCCCGCCGCCUGCUGGGCCGCGCGGAAGAGGUCGCGGAAAUAUUCGUAUUGGAAACGUUGGUUUCAAUAAUCGCAACUUUGGCGGCGGUGGUCCUCCGCCCAGAGGGGGAGGUCGUGGUCGUGGGCCUCCACGCGGGGGUGGUGGUGGCAGAGGACGGAGAGGGAAAUGA